CUUCGUCGUCAUCACUUUUUCUUCUUCUUCUUCUUCUUCUUCUUCUUCUUCUUCUUCUUCUUCUUCUUCUUCACCUCCAUUUUCCAGCAAUAGGUUUUCAAUGGCGCGUAAUCGGGAGGGGUUAGUUUUGUUGCUCGAUGUAGGCCCAGCGAUGCAUAGUAUACUCCCUGAUGUUGAAAAGACAUGUUCAUUGCUACUGCAAAAGAAGUUGAUUUACAACAAGUAUGAUGAAGUUGGAAUUGUUGUCUUUGGAACUGAAGAAACCGAGAACGAGCUUGCUAGGGACAUAGGUGGAUAUGAGCAUGUUGCGGUUUUAAGGAAUAUUAGAGUUGUUGAUGAAGUCGUGGUUGAGAAUGUAAAGCGCCUCCCUAGAGGAACCGUAGCUGGCGACUUUCUUGAUGCUAUAAUUGUUGGGAUGGAUAUGCUCAUAAAGAUGUAUGGUGCUGCGCAAAAAGGGAAAAAACGGUUGUGUCUUAUCACGAAUGCAGCAUGUCCUACUAAAGAUCCAUUUGAAGGGACGAAAGAUGAGCAAGUCAGCACUAUCGCUGUGAAAAUGGCUGCAGAGGGUAUAAAGAUGGAAAGUAUUGUUAUGAGGGACAAUGUAAACGGUGAUGUUCAUGAGAAAGUAAUAGAGGAGAAUGAUCGUUUGUUGAAUUUAUUCUCCAGCGACGCGAUUGCGAAAACAGUGUAUGUUGAGAGUCCACUCUCACUGCUAGGUUCUUUAAAGACAAGGAGAGUUGCUCCAGUUACUUUGUUUAGGGGUGACCUUGAGAUUAACCCAACAAUGAAGAUUAAGGAAGCACUCAAAUUCAAAACUGAAAAAGGCAUGAAGCUUCUGGGAUUUACUGAGGCGUCAAACAUACUGCGACAUUAUUACAUGAAAGACGUGAACAUAGUUGUUCCGGAUCCGAGCAAAGAAAAAUCUGUUAUUGCCGUCUCUGCAAUUGCAAGAGAAAUGAAGCAAACAAACAAGGUGGCAAUUGUACGUUGUGUCUGGAGAAAUGGACAAGGGAAUGUGGUUGUUGGGGUCCUGACUCCAAAUGUGUCUGAACGAGAUGACACCCCUGAUUCUUUUUACUUCAACGUGCUACCUUUCGCCGAAGAUGUCCGCGAGUUUCCAUUUCCUUCUUUCAGCAGAUUUCCUGCAUCGUGGAAGCCAGAUGAGCAACAACAAGCAGUGGCAGACAAUUUGGUUAAGAUGCUUGACCUUGCACCUUCUGCUAAAGAGGAAGUACUAAAGCCUGAACUUACUCCUAACCCGGUUUUGCAGCGCUUUUAUGAAUACAUUGAGUUGAAAGCAAGAUCCAUGGAUGCUGCUUUACCUCCAGUAGAUGAAGCUUUCAAGAGGAUUAUGGAGCAGGAUCCAGAACUCUCUUCCAACAAUAAAUCCAUAAUGGAUUCAUUUCGUAAAAGUUUGGAAGUCAUGGAGAACCCAAAGUUGAAAAAAACUUCUAAGAGAUAUUUACGAGAUAAGCCAUCAGGUUCAGAUGAUGAAGACAAUCGCAUGGUUACUUAUAAUGCCAAUGAGAACAAAGUCGACACAAUCGGAGAUGCAACCCCAGUUCAAGAUUUUGAAGCCAUGAUAUCUCGUAGAGAUAACCAUGAUUGGAUCGAUAAAGCAAUCAGUCAAAUGAAAAACCGAAUAGUGAAGCUCGUAGAAGAUAGUACCCAUGAAGGUGAUAAAGCAUUGGAAUGUUUGCUUGCUCUACGCAAAGGCUGCGUCUUGGAACAGGAGCCAAAGCAAUUCAAUGAGUUCUUGAAUCAUCUAUACGAGUUAUGCCAAGAAAGAAAGUUAUCUCAUUUUCUGAAACAUUUCACGUCGAACGAUAUCACGUUGAUUCCCAAAUCCGAAGCAGCAGACAGUGAUGUGGCGGAUGAGGACGUUGGGGAUUUCACAUUCAAACAAGAAGCAAAGCUCGAGAGCUAGCUAAUUUCUGAAACGACCUUUUUGUAAUCAUUCGAAUUGAGUUUUUGUUGGUUAAAAACAGUAUUAGCUUUUUAUACCUUGCUAAUUAAAAUCUAAAAACUAAUAUGAAUUGUAGAAUUGUAAAAAUGUGCUAUUUGGUCUAAUAGUUGACCACAUGUUUAUUUA